GUUUAAUGAAAAUAGUGCAUUUGUUUGUAGAAUAGAUAUGGUCGCACAAAAAAGAGAGUUGCAAAGAUAUACUACUACAACUGAUACAUGUAACAACUAACUGCGUUUGGUGAAAAUCUCGCCAACAAGAAAUUAAAGCAUUUUUUUUGGUGCAAAAUAUGCAAUUGUGAAAAUAAUUUGGUUUAAAGCAAGCACAUAUGGAUUUCCACACCCUUUGCCAGGAGUACAACAAAAAAAUUUGAGUUCUCUACAAAAUUUCAAUUUAACAACUAUUGAAAUCAGAAAUAAAUAAAUAUACAAAAAAUUCAAGUGGAUUCACCACUUUUAUGAAUGUGUGCGUGUGUUUGUGCUUUUGACAAGUACAUACCACCAUCACCGUUUUGUUGUGCAGUGUGAAGUAAUUUGGCUUAAAAAAGCAACAACAAUAAUAACAACAAUUGAAACGGCAAAAAAUAACAACACACAAUAUUCAUUAAGUUCCUUUAAAACACCACCCCCAAAAUUUAGAGCACAUUACUGCAAGCUAAACAGUGCGAGAGAGUAUAUAAUAAAGUGUGGUUCAAUAAAAACGUAAACGUCACAAGACGAAAGACACCAAUUUAACCAAAACAACAAUAACAAGUGACAUCAACAUCAAUCAACGAAUAGAGUGAGCAUAGCGGAGCUGUCUGCAACAACCAUAACCAUUCACAAUGGCGGAUUUUGAUCUUAAUGUGGAUAGUUUGAUACAGCGGCUACUGGAAAAUUUCAAAAAACAAAAGGAAGCCGAAGAACACGCACAAAAGUUAUUUGUGACCCAGCAAAUGAUGAAACUAAAAACGGAGCCAAAAACUCCCGAGGAAGAGCAGGAUCAGGAUCAAGAGCGUCGUCUGCUGGAACAGUAUUCACUGACACCUGCCACCGAAACGGUUAUAUCCGCUGAUGGCGAUCAGCUAACCAUACAUCAUCCCCGGGAAGAGCCCAUUAAGAGAUCGAAAUUGAAAUUGCGUGACUACUUUGUAUCAGAAUUUGUGCGCAGUUGUCGUACCGGUAAAUCAGUUCAAAUGUCUGAAUCUGAAGUCCGUGGCCUGUGUCUAAAAUCCCGUGAAAUAUUCCUACAACAACCGAUUCUAUUGGAACUGGAAGCACCUCUUAUCAUAUGCGGUGAUAUCCAUGGUCAGUACACAGAUCUCUUGCGUUUGUUCGAGUAUGGUGGAUUCCCUCCAGCAGCCAAUUACUUGUUUUUGGGCGACUAUGUGGAUCGAGGUAAACAAUCGCUGGAGACCAUCUGUCUAUUGUUGGCCUACAAAAUCAAAUACCCAGAGAAUUUCUUUUUAUUGCGUGGCAAUCACGAGUGUGCCAGUAUUAAUCGUAUUUAUGGUUUUUAUGAUGAAUGCAAACGACGCUACAAUGUCAAAUUGUGGAAAACAUUUACAGACUGUUUCAAUUGUUUACCCGUGGCCGCCAUUAUCGAUGAGAAGAUUUUCUGCUGUCACGGUGGCUUGAGUCCCGACCUACAAGGCAUGGAACAGAUACGGCGCUUGAUGCGUCCCACAGAUGUACCCGAUACUGGCUUAUUGUGUGAUCUGUUAUGGAGUGAUCCCGACAAAGAUGUCCAGGGUUGGGGUGAAAAUGAUCGUGGUGUUAGUUUUACAUUUGGUGCUGAUGUUGUGUCGAAGUUCUUAUCAAAACAUGAAAUGGAUUUAAUAUGUCGUGCUCAUCAGGUCGUGGAGGACGGUUAUGAAUUCUUUGCCCGCCGACAAUUGGUGACAUUAUUUUCAGCCCCCAAUUAUUGUGGUGAAUUUGAUAAUGCUGGUGGUAUGAUGACUGUGGAUGAUACAUUAAUGUGCUCAUUCCAGAUUUUAAAGCCCUCCGAAAAGAAGGCCAAAUACAUGUACAGUGGUAUGAAUACGUCACGGCCAACAACACCGCAACGCAACGCGCCUCUAAUAGCAACGAAUAAGAAGAAAUAAUACAUCCAUCCGCUUCCAUUUCCUUAAAAGUUAUUAAAUUAUUAUAUACAUAUAAAAUUUGAUAAUAAUUAUUAUUCUUAUAAUACAACAACAAAAACGACAUCAAACACAACAAAAACAACAAACAGAACACCAGCAACAGCAAAAUUAACAAAAUUAAAAACAAGAGAAAAAACAACAAAAAGAUCAUCAUCAGCAUCCGCAGCAUUAUCAUCAUCAUCAUCAUCUUCAACAUACUCGACUACAGCUAAAACAAAGGAAAAUAAAACAUCAACAACAUCCUCAAAAAACUCAUUGAUAACUUCAUCAACAAAAUCCUUAGUGACAGAAACAAAAAUAUCCUCUACAUCAUCAACUUCUUCAACCCUAAGGAGAGUUCUGAAUCGCAAUAAUAAUAACAGCAACAAUAAACGUAAUAAAAGCAACAACAGCAAUAAUUAUAAUAUCAACAAUAACAAAGAAAUAAAGAAAACAACUUCAUCCACCUUAACCACACCAUCCUCUACAACUGCAACAACAGCAAUUACAUCUAGAGAACAAUAACAUGUUAGAGAAUUUAAAAACAAAAUACACACACAUACACUGAAAAUUUAACUAAGAACUAUAAAAUCACCAUUGAAUCCCCUAUUCCCUUCCCACUUUUUGGUAAACGAUAUCUUAUAGAGAAGAGAAUAAGCGUCACUGUUAUUUUAUAUAUUAAAAACGGUAUUUAAAUGCCCUGUAUUGUUUUUUGACCACCCCAUCUACUCUCUCUCUCUCUCUUUCGUUGUCUCUUUGGAGCUUAGCGACACCUGUAUAUUUAUAUCAAUGUAUGUUUUCUUACAAAUGAAAGUAAAAAAAACACAAACUAAAUGAAAGUAACCAAUAACAAUUCUUGGAUUGUUUUUGUAUUAUAUAUGAAACUUAUUCACAAAACUUAAUAUAGCCUUAAUUGAGGUUUAUUUGAUAGUUCCAUAAAGGAAAUCUGUCAAAUAAACCUAUUUCAAAUCUACAUAAAGUUUUGUGAAUACCGUUGUAAAACUUCCAAGAUGUAUUUCUUGUAAUGAGAUUGUCUUGAGUCUUUUUUUUUUCAUACAAUUCUGUGGAUGGGUUGUACCUCACAACUGUUUUUUGUUCUAAAUUAUUAAUGAAAUGUUUCGCUAUUGGACCUCAAUUCCAUUGGAGUUGGAGUAGGAAACCCCUCAUUAGUCAAGUUUGUGGCAAUCGCAGAUUAGCAGGGUAGGGCCGAAUCCCAUCAGAGGCUUUGGUCUAUUGCUAUCACAGUGGAUCCAAAUUAUCUAAUGGAAAGCCCUAAAAAAGUAUAAAGGGAUAUUUGUUUAGUCCAAUCAACUUGAAAUACGUCUGCUGUUUAACUUCAUAUGGCCUUAAGUUUUCCAUGUAUUAUAAAAGCGCAUUUUUUUCGAGAUUUAAGACCUGUCUUAAAUACAACCUAAUGUGGCCUAUUAAGAGUUAUGAAAUAAUUUUAUUCUUAAGUAAGGAAAUAUUUUUUAAAAUAAUUCUUAAGGAACAAUUAACUAUCAAUUUCAAGUUUUAAGUUAAGAUUGAAAUGUAUAUUCUUGCCAGUUUUUAGUUAAUAUUUUAAAAGUAAGAUUCCCCUGCAGGUUGUCUGUAAGCAAGGUUCGGAAGCAGGCGGGAACGUCUUAAUUUCUUGCCUUUACUUACAGCGAUUACAUUUAAUUCGAAUCCCAUGGCAGCCCGUUGUAUGUACCGGAUUGGCCCGAUGGAGUCAUUCAUCGGCAAGUGUGCAACACACUGCUGCAACAACAACAACAUUUAAUUGAAUUAAAGCCUUAAAAAACUUUGCGCUUCUAACCGACUAUACAGAGGAGACCUAUUAGCCUAAAUCCACCAUCGAACAGCACUGUUUGACAUUAGAGAAGCCUCACCCCCUCUUCGUGGGGAAAAACUUAAUUCAGUCCCUUUUCAAGCUUUUUAUUAUUCAUAACAGUUUCCCAUCUGAAAGUACUUUACCUUGUCGGAUAUUGAUACUCGAAAUUGGCCAAUCUUCGUUUUCCUAGUGAACAGGCAUAUCCAGCAUGUGGCCUUAACAUCGAAAUGUGAAACUUUCAGUUCAGUUUGCCAUCCAAGAAGAACUUAACCUUUUCGGAUAUUGAAAUCGCAUGGAAGAUUAUCGAAAUUGGUCAAUCUUCGUUUUCCUAGUUAUUCCGUUCACUCCAGGAUAACGUCUGGUCUGGUCAUAUGCCACAUAUCCAUUUUCUCCAGGAUAACGUUUAAAUUCUUUGAACUGGUCCAGCCAUCCAGUUGAUUUGAUUUCUUCCCUCUGAAGUCUUAUAACGUGGCCCGUUUAACAUUACAUAGCAGACGUGUUUAAACCCUUUGUCAGUUAAACUUCUCGGUAGGCUGUUUAUAUUGCCAAUAGAAGGGACGAUGAGAUGCCUGUCUAUGCUACACAGUCUCUUAGUUUAAUGUAUUGAUUCAUAUAUUUCUUGGAAUGUCACUUAUUUAAGGAGGAGGAUAGAUCGCCUUAGUAUUGCCUUCAUAAUCGAAAGUUUUCCCGAAAAAAGCCCUUGCCGUAAUUCGGUGUGAUGCAAGAACUAAAACUAAUCCAGAUAGCAAAGGGUAUGCCUAUCUCCAUACAAUCGCAUGGCAGCCGGAUUGACCCGAUGGAGCUCUUCAUCGGCAAGGGCUGCUCCUUCAGUGUACAAUACACUGCAACAACAACAACAACAACCUAUCUUCAUAAAUUGAGUCACAGGGCCUUUAUGGUCCUGCACCUCUUAACAUUGAUACAUAACUCCUUCGUGCAACCAAAGUACAAUGCCCAAACUCACUCAAAAAAUUAUCUGGUUUCAUAGUAACAUGUAUAUCAGCGAUCCACUUCUAGCCAGAUGGCGAUCCAUACUCAUUUUCCAUCACCAGAUAGACCACCAUAGGGAUUUGCUGAAUUGGCCUUUUCAGUCCUCACAGUAAUUCAAAAUGACAAGAGAAUUGUUACAGGUCCAUUUCUCCGCGCCUCCUUUCUGGUAGUGCCGGGUUAGUAUACCCGCCUUGGGCGCUGAACACCUGGGUUCGAAUCCUGGCGAGACCAUCAGAAAAAAUUUUCAACGGUAGUUUUCCCCCCAUGACUGCGGCACGCCGUUCGGACUCGGGUAUAAAAAGGAGGCCCCUUAUCAUUGAGCUUAAAACUUGAUUCGAACUGCACUCAUUGAUAUGUAAGAAGUUUGCCCCUAUUCCUUAGUGGAAUGUUCAUGGGCAAAAUUUGCAAUUUGCAAUGUCCAAACUCCAAAAAGCCACAGAUUUAUGACUCACUCUAGUCUUACGACAAAGCCGCCCCUAAUCUGGAAACAGACAUUGAUGUUGGCCAUUGGUUAUUUGAAGGCUCUAGUAAGACUUGUCAUUUUGAGUAUCAUUGGCUCUCAGUAUUUUAUCAAGUGUCAGUCCACCUGACCCCUCACUAAGACUUUGCUCUCAAAAUCGCAGACUGCCCGCCGCCGCAUUUGCAGCUACCAUGCCUAAUAAGGAAGGUUGCCACUAUCCUCAACUUGUGGUCGCUACCGGUAGUUUUUAGCUAAGCUUCCCAUGAUAACGAUGAACACCACACAAGUCGGAGCUCAAAGUUUCCAGCCCAUGUGUUGCUCACAGUUAUUUCGUGUCGGUCAGGUAGGACAAAAAUCUGCGUAAAACAAUGGACCCAUCCUAUCGCCUAAGGGUCAAUCGAGAAAGAGUUUCACACAAAAUUUCAAUCGUUAGGAAAUACGGUCCCUACGCAAUUAAGGCCAUCGUUUCAAUCAUAACACCCAACUAGACCAUAUCCACAGUUUAGAGCUGAAUCGAGAAGUUUCCAAGCACUCAUCCCAUUCAGUCUACUGGCAGUUCUCCUUGCUCCAUACUUAAGAUAAUGGUAUUAGACCAAAUAUGGUAUAUGGUAUUUGGUGUAGUUCUAGGGGUACUAUUUAGUACUGCUGCGGUGUCUUACACAUACAUCCCAUCAUACGCCCACGACUUAGAACUCAAUAAUAUGCGUUCAUACUGAGGAGACUUCAUCCGAUCUUCUUGAAGAGCCCCUCUAACUGUUUAGAGCUCAAUGCCAGAUUUAAUACUGCUGCGGUGUCUUACACCUUACGUCCGAUCUUCCUUAAGGUUCUCUCACUAAUUAUCUUAUAUUACGCUACCAGAUUUAACACCUAUAAAUAUAAAUCAACAGACCAACAGCUGUAUACCUAAGUUGAUGGAAUAUAAGAGGGGGAACCACUCACCUUACCUCUUUCUGCUCCACAUUGUGAAUUUCCGAAAGUAAAAUUAAUUGGGGGAAUAGAAGAGGGGGGAACCACUUACCUUACCUCUUUCUGCUACACAUUGAGAAUUUCCGCAAGUUAAAUUGCGUGGUAUGAGUCGAGGUAUAUUCUAUGCAUUGCAUUAUCAUAAAGGGGACCUUAAACAAUAUGAGCUGGUCCUUAGCAAUUUCUUGGAAAAUUUUAAUGAAAUUUGAUUUUUUUUAAGAAAAGUUUGUCGCAUAGAAAAUGAUUUUUUCCAUGAAAUAUUUUACAAGAAAAACUACGUUUUUCCUUAAACCAGAAAAAUAUAAAAAAAUAUUUCAUAUCUCUUAAUAGAAAAUGUUGACCAUAAACAAGAAUUCAUAUAAAAAAUGUGAAUAAUUAUUCGAAAUGAAAAAAAACAAGGAAUAUAGUAAAAACCUUGCUAAAUAUAUAUACUCUAAGCAAUUUAAAAUUUAUAAGGAAACUUGGAUAAAAAUUCUUAAAGAAACGAAAACAAAAAUUCAAUUCAAUACAAAGUUAAAAAAAAUAAUUAAAGAUUUAAGCAUAAUUUCUAGGAAAUGAGCAACUAAAAGUGAUUUAAGCGAUGGAAAACAAUGGGUAAAACCUCAACAAAUCCCAUACAACAAAAUUAAAUCUUCCAUGGAAGUAUAGAAGAAGAGACAGACACUAUGCAGAGAGUUGAGGAGGCAUGCAAAAAAGGAAAACAAGAGAACGAAAACAAUCCUAUAUAUAAUUUAAUAAAGAAUUAUUUUAUAAGAUCUUAUGUAGCAAAAAGAAAUAUAAGAAAAAAAAUUAAUACUGGUAUCAUCAACUCCUAACAGGCAAUUAGUUAAAAACUUUCCCUAUAAAUACGAUAAAAGUAUAUAUGUAUCUAUAAAUACAAUUUAAGUUUAACGGAAUUUUUAGUUUUUUUUAUUGUCCAAAUUUUGCUGAAGCUUAAACAAAAAUGUUUUUUUCUAUGAUUUUUUCUUUCAAUACUUGUUCAUCUAAUGCUUUUAUGUCUUAGUAUUAUUUAUUUUUUUAUUCUCUUAUUUUUUUUCUUCUUUAAGUUAUUUUACUACAGACUACUACCACUACUACCGAAAUCGAGUAAAAAUAUGUAUCGUUUUUCCGGAAGAAGUUUUUCUUUUUUAACAAACAUUGUUUUUAUCCCCCCUUCCUCAAUACACACACACACACACAAACGUUUGUUAAUGAGUCUAGCAACUCGACUUCUUCACCUCUUCUUUUGUUAAUUUAUAAACUAUAGUUUCUUGUCAAUUUUUAAGCAUAUAUGCUCGAGCAUUUAAUUCAAUAAAUGUGUUUCACUUUAAACAA